CACAACGUGCUGGCCAGUGGUAAACAUUGACGAUGGUACUUCAGAGAAUAGUAAAGCCCAAGACACAACAAGGCAAACGUUUCCUUGAAAAACGUGAACCCAAACUGAUAGAGAAUGACAAACAGGCCAUGUUUAUUAAAGGUGGAAACACAAGUGAUGCCAUCUCGCAGGUUCUUAAAGAACUGUAUGUUUUAAAGAAGCCCAAUGCUGUGUCGUUUAAAAGAAAGAACAUUUUGAGACCAUUUGAAGAUGAAACACCUCUGGAAUUUUUUGCUAAGAAGACAGAUGCCUCUCUUUUUAUGUUUGGUUCACACAAUAAGAAAAGACCAAACAACCUUGUAAUGGGUCGAUUCUUUGACUUUCAUAUUUUGGACAUGAUUGAACUAGGUGUAGAGAAAUUUGUUUCGAUGGCAGAUUUUCCUGGAGGCAAAUGUUCAGAAGGCACAAAGCCAUGUUUGAUGUUUGCUGGGGAGACAUUUGAAAAAGAUCUAGAAUACCAGAGGCUGAAAAAUCUACUCGUUGAUUUCUUCCGAGGCCCAGUAGUAUCUCAGGUCCGAUUGGCCGGACUGGAACAUGUGAUCAUGAUUACGGCCGUGGAGGGACAAAUCCUCCUCAGAAACUACAGAGUGUUGCUAAAGAAGUCUGGCAGUAAGACACCCCGGAUUGAGUUGGAGGAGAUAGGACCCUCACUGGACCUCAGGAUGAGGAGGACCAAGCUAGCCUCGGAGGACCUCUACAGGAGGGCCCUCAAACAGCCCAAAACCAUCAAGCCAAGGAAAAAGAAAAAUGUAUCACAUGAUGCUUUUGGAUCUAAGCUUGGAACAAUCCACAUGACAAAACAGAAUCUAGAUAAGUUACAGACAAGGAAAAUGAAAGGACUGAAAGCUCAGAAACGGAAAUCUAGUACAGGAGAGGGACAGUCAAGUGCAAAAAGGUCCAAGGAGACUGAAACAUGAAAGUGUGCACAAAUUUUAGCUCAAUCAAUGAUUAAAACGAAACAUAAUACAGAAAAAAAUGAAACAACAUAAACAGACAGCUUCGGAUAUCAUAUUUUUGUUUUACACAUGUCAGUCAUGGGUUACAAAAGCAUUUUUAUAAUGCCAAGCACAUAACAACCUAAUGAACUAUGUCCUUAUUAUUACUUUAUUAUUAAAGGCUUAUGUGUAAUAAAUCUGAUCAGAUACUUUAUAA